UUGAGUUUAUUUUGUUUUGAACCAGCAGCUGACCAGCGUUUUUUUUUUAAUAUGGCCAGCAUUGAACCAAUACAUCCUAAUCUACAACAUUCUCGCUUUGGAGCAAAUAAACACUAAUUGUUAAUUGUUUGUUACCUCUGAAUUGACACUGGGUUCAAGGCAGUGGUUGCCAAAAUUUUUUCCUACCCAUAAAGUUGCAGUAUUAACUAAAUAUUAUCACUUGGUGUUUUGAAUGAAAUUAAUAUUUCAUUUUCUUUCUGUGAUCUGUGGCCCUGGAGGAUUUUUUUAAAGGAAAAGGUCUGAAAAUUGGUCGCAGAAGGUGUAAAUUCCACUAGAUAUGAAUAUGAAGGCACAGUGACAUCACAACAUUUGCUGAACACGUGGCAAAAAGCUUGCAUGUACAAACCUUUCUCAAACCUCUAGGGUAGAAAAUGUCUUGUUAAACUCCUGCUGGAGCUGCUUUGCUGUCACACCAUCGUGGUGCCAAUGUGGGUACUGGUACAUGUACAUGUACCCUCAGUCACUCUUCUUGGCUGCAGGGUCAUGUUCAAUGUACAUGUACAUGUACAUGUACACUAGUUAUAAGUGGAGCAUAAGAAAAGAAGUGUAUAAUGUGUCACCUGUGUGCAUCAAGCUUUUCAAAUCAACUGCUAGUUGCACACCUGUGUUCAUACAUGUUGUACAUGUAUAUGGACUCUAUUGGCUGGUUGGGGACCAGUCACGUUAACAGUGUUUCUCCAAUGAUUGUAAAUUUCUGUCAGUGUUUUAACACCCUGCAAUGUACAUACAUACAUACACUGUACAUGUAUGCAGGCAGUUACCGGAAUUUCAGUGAAAGAGUGGACCACUUGAUGUUCUGUCAAUGUUGUACAUGUAUUCCAUUUUGUUUUCAGAACAACAUUUACCCCACAGUUUUGACUUGACAAUGGACUCUGAGUUUUUUUACAAAAGCAGAUAUUGAGUUAGAGUUUUAAUCCAGUCUUUGCCUCCUUGGCCUGAUGCUCAUGAAGAAUAUAUGUACUGGUAUUGUUGUUGAGUGCUCAAGACAUGGCAAAAUGUAAAACAAUCAGGGAAACUUUGUGAACAUGACAUAUUGUACUGUACUCUAAUACUGGCCUCCUUUUACUGUGUUUUGUAUUAAAAAAAUGCAUGUGUAUACGGGUGUAUUUACUACAUGUACCUGUGCCUUUUUAAAACAUUAAUUCUGUGCAUGCAUUUUAUUGAGGAACUUGCAGUUUGUUUACCUGUUGAAGUGUUUACGUCUAAAGAUCCCAUGAUAAAUGAACCAUACAUGUAUGUGUUCAUCUACAUGUAGCUCAUCAUUGUUGGAACAAGUUCUCUCUGUUAUAAACAAGUAUGGUGAAUGACAACCAACAAGUGUGUCUUCAAAUCUGAAACACAUUUCUUGAGUCAAAAUUUACAUGCAGAUGCAAAGUGAUAUUCAUGCCAUCAAACUGAAAGCUCUUGUAAGGAGAAUUGGGUAAUGUACAUACAUGUACAUGUGUAAAUGGCCCAUUGUUCAUUCAAUCAAUAAUUACACAGUUUACAUGAAUGUAUAAUACCGGUACAUGUUACAGCAAUGUUAUUUUGCACUUAACAAACAAAUACAAAAUGUACUGUUUAUGUAGGUAAAGCAUUAAAAUGCUAUAUGACCUCAUCAAACUAGAAAAUACAUGUAAGGUACAUGUACAUGUUUGCUUCAGUGCAUUCAAGGAACGCGUAAUGCAAACACCUACAUGUACAUUGUAAGUUUAUGCAAGUUAUGUACUUGACUUUCAGAUGGAGUGUCAAAUUUAAACACUUCUUACCACUUUAAUUAUGAUUAAACAAGGAAUGCACAUCUGAAAAAACCUCAGUUUCAUAUCUUGUUAGACCUACACAUACUCUACACGUACAUUUUGUGAAUCAAAUUCAGAUCAUCAAUUCAAUCCAUUUUUCAAGUAUUAUUCUAGCCAAAUAUAAAAUGUACCAGUACAAGUAUAUCAUCUUGUAUAUUUGAAAAGGUCAUUUAAAGUCAUGGAACCAUGGAAUUGAUAUUGAUAUCUGUUGUGAACCACAGUACCCCCUGUGACUUCCAUGCCAUCUGCAGCGAUGUAGACUUUCAACUCUCAAGAGUUCCUGUACGUCCCAUAGCUGCGUGCCCACACAAUGUGACAUUUACUGGGGUCUGGAAUAAUAUGCGGGCUCUGCUAGUGUUUGGUUACACAAAUUUCCAUAUUAUUUUUCACUGUGUAGUUGAUGCAUCAGAAAAUCAGCCCUAUUCUACUGGACAAGAUUGUCCUACCGUACAUUAUCUACAUUUAUGUGGGUUGUGCAAAAAAAAAGAGCCGUUUAAGUACACACUGUACAUCCAAUUGACGAACAAUGUGAAAAUGUAGUGGUGUAUAAUGUUACAAUAAUGGUUGUACUAAGCAUGUGUGAUGUACCGGUAAGUAUGGACUCGAUCACAUUACUGCAAAUGUUAGCGAUUGGGCUGAAUUGUGAUUCAAUCAGUUAAUGUCACUUAUUCAUAUAUCAUCUCAGCCAAGUUGUCGUCUCUUUUGUAGCAAUUCCCAAGCCUGCCAGAAAAGAAGAAUUCAGCAUAAUGAUGUACAUGUACACUGCAGAAUUAUGAAGGAAAGCGAAAUGCUCGUUACAUCUUAUGAGGGUGCUUAGUACUUGUACGUGUGCACAGUGGUACCCGGAUGCCCUGGACAAAAUUGCAGACUUUUUGUCAUCUGGUGUUUAUAGAAAUAGGAUAUUCCUUGCAAAGGUGCGAAUGCAAAACAAAAAAAUUGAAAAAUCCAGUGUCAAAAUCAUCAAAAAUUAUUCAGAUUAGAUUGACAUCUUGCACAGCCCAAUUUACCGUACUGUCGCUUCCUUUGACGUCCCAUUUUCACACACCAUCUGCACCCUCCAGGCAAGUCUGCCUUGUAAGACUCCUCAUUGCACCAACUACAUGUUCAGAUUAGAAAGGAAAAAAAUCUGUAGCGUCUGUCUUCGUGGCAUGUUGGAGAGCAGCAUCAUUUUUGAUUCAAGAAGAUAGGUGGAAGCUGUUGACAUUACAGGUGAUUUGCUCAAGGGUAUUGACAUCACUGCAUCCUCGUCAUCCACUCUCAUCCUCAUCGUCGUUGCUGACACCAUGACAACAGGGGAAGACGGGUUCUGUGGGGGACCGACUCUCAGUGCAGUGGGUCCUCGCUGAAUUGCUCUGUAAAAAGAAGCUUCUUAAUCUCAAGACGUAAUGUCUGUCUUGCCUUAAUGCCUGCAUCGUUUGGUUGCAAUGGCACUGGUGCUAUUCGUCAUAGCCAUCUUGGCCUAUCUGGCCCUCCACCAGAUGUAUCAGCCAGCGGUGGGCCAGCAGCGGCAACCCAAGGGCAGCAGGAGACGAGAGGCCACGUUCAACCAGACCAGCAUCUUUGAGAAGCUGGGGCUGACGUUCCACCAGUGCCCGACGUUCACAUCGUUUGUUGACCGCUUCAAUACCUUUGAGCAGGUGGUGGAGGCCAUCAAGAUGGCUGGCCUGGAGCGGAGCGAGAUCAUCAUCGGGAUUGACUUCAGUGCCAGCAAUGAGUGGCAAGGUCGGCGUGUGUUUGCUUCCAGAUGCCUCCAUGACAUAUCCAACGGGAGAACGUUCAACCCUUACCAGAGGGCGCUGACAAUCAUUGGUGCUACCUUGGAGAGAUUUGACUCUGACCAUCUCAUCCCCGUUUACGGUUUUGGGGAUGUCAACAGCAAGGAUGUGUCCGUGUUUUCACUGAAACCAGAUGAGGAGCCCUGCUACGGUUUUGUGGAAGUCCUACAGUGCUACAACCAAGUUUGUCCAGACAUUCAGAGAAGUGGCCCAACCAGCUUGGAGCCAUUAAUCAAGAAAGCUAUUGAAGUGGUGAAGGAGAAACCAACCUACCACCUCCUCUUGAUUCUGACAGAUGGUCAAUUGAAAGACACGGACAGCAAUGCCAAAGCUAUUAUUGAAGCCUCCAAGUAUCCAAUCAGCAUCGUGGUGGUCGGCAUCGGGGAUGGACCCUGGGACGCCAUGGAACACUACGACGACAACCUUCCCAGUCGGAAAUUUGAUAACUUCCAGUUUGUGAACUUCUACCAGGUCUGCAGCAAGGCCAAGUAUGCGGAGGCGGCCUUUGCCCUCAAUGUCCUGAUGGAGAUCCCCGACCAGUACAAGGCAAUCUGUGAGCUGGGCUACCUGCGCAACCAGCCCAACAUUGAGAGCUGGGGACUGACCCGGUAUGACACGGAGAAGAGUGCUGAGGACAGUGUUGGGUUCCGCAGGUCUCUCAGUGAGCAGGACAUGAUGUCCCUGAGUCCUGAGAUUAUUCCAGUCUUGAGCAGGAAGACCAGCAAGAAAAUGAGGUCCUCCAUGCGCCAGAAGUCCACAAAGCGAUGAAACAUGUAAGAUACUGAAGGUACAGUAUAGGGGUACGUUGUAGUCAUAAAAUCUGUUGAGUGCAAAGUUAAUGUGUUCGGAUUUGAAUCAUUUCUGAGUUGAUGUGAACAUUCAGUCUAAAAGCUGUUUAUGAGCAGUAAAUGAAGUAUUGUUGAGUGGAUUGCCUGCAACAGUGUGAAGUGAAAUACUGGUACUGUGUAUGCAGCCUCCUGCCAUCUACAUGUACAGCACUCUUGUACCGGUAAGGGGAUGGUGUAUACAGUGAUUGAUAAUCUUAUUUGUUAUUUCUAGAUUCUAUUGUUAACAUACAUGUACAUGUACUCGUCCAUUGCAGGUCUGUUCUAGGACUUAAAGUGCAACACGCACUUCUUGAAGAUAUCUGUUCCAAAUUAGACCCAUAAUAAAGGUCCUUGUGAUAAUGUAUUUACAAUGUAGAGAUCUAUGUUAUAAGCUUAUUCAAGUUGAGGGUGCUACCAAAAAUCACAAUUAAUCCAUACUUCUUGAAAUGGGCCGCUGGGACAGCUGAUUUGCUGUUAUGUGCAUACCAAUGGCAUAUCCAAAGGAGAGGGAGUGGCUCGGGAGGGGAGGGGGACAGGAUAACCUUCCACCUCCUCACCCCCUCCCCGAGACAUGUUGGAAAUAUUUUGGGGGGUUCAUUUGUUGUGUUUUUGUUUUAGGAAUUGAAAGUGGCAUUAUUUUAGAAAUGGU